UAAAAAAAAAUCUAUGGAUUCAACCGACGAAUGUUUUGAAUAGUUGUUUACUUGUAUCAGGAAUUAAAAAUUUAAAUAUUUUUAUUCCAAAAUGAUGGCUAUUACUUAUUGAUUAAAGUGCUUACCUAUUAUAAUCUAAUUCAGUUUUACUUUAUUGAAGAAGUAGUGUGUGGUUUAAGUUACAUUUAUUAAAUAAAUAUGCUAGUUUUGCAAAUUUAAAGAUAUUGUAAUAAAACGAUCAUUGGUAACCAUGUCUUUUCUUCAGAAAGAUACUAAUGAAAUUCGUAUUGGAAAGAUCGAUGACUGUGAUUCAGAUAUUCGAAAAACUGGACAUGAGAUGGAUGUAAUCAGACAAAGAACUAUUGCAUAUGAGUACUUAUGUAGAUUGGAAGAGGCAAAGAUAUGGAUGGAAACUUGUUUAAAAGAAAAAUUACCCCAUGCUACCGAUUUUGAGGAAAGUUUACGCAAUGGAGUUUAUUUAGCUAAGCUUGGGAAUUUUAUAGCUCCUGAAGCACUUCCAUUAAAUAAAAUUUAUGAUAUUGACCAAAGACGUUAUAAGGUUAUGGGUCUACAGUUCAAACAUACAGAUAAUAUAAAUAAAUUUCUUCAAAUUUUACAAAGAACUGAGUUACCCCUGACUUUUCAACCCGAAACCACUGAUAUUUAUGACAAGAAAAACAUGCCACGAGUUAUUUAUUGUUUGCACGCUCUUAGUACGCAUUUGUUUAAACUUGGUAAAGCACCUUUGAUUCAUGAUGUGUUUGGAACAGCUGUCUUUACAGAUGAGGAACUAGACACUGUUUCUAAAGAUUUACAAAAAUGUGAACAUCCACUUCCUAUUUUUCAAAAGAUUGGUGGAAUAUUAUCAAAAAAUGCAGAUAAUAAUGGAAGCCUCUAUAAAGCAAUUAUAGCAUUAAAUAAAGUUUUAGAUACGGAGAAAUCUAUUACAUCGGCCUUAUUGAAUCCUCAACUUAAAUUACAAUAUGUUCAAAAUAGACUUAUAGAUGAGUAUAAAAAAGUUUUACAGGCAGCAAAACAUGAAAAAUCCCGAAAUGCACUUAACCGAUCGCUUAAUGACACUUAUAUCCCUGACGAGUAUGAUGAGUUACUAACACAAUUUGAAAUUCAGGGCUAUAUUACUGCUGUCAAUUAUAAAUUUUUGUGGAAAGCUUUAUGUUCUGCUUGCCAAAAUAAUGAUAUCAGUAAUUUGCAGAAGAUAUUUAAUGAAGACUGGGUGAAGAUAAAUAAUUUUGACUCCAAUAAUAUAGAUUUUUAUUGUGAUGUGGUAAAAGAAAUCAUGGAGUGCAGCAAGGAUGUUGAAGUAGAAAAUGUUACAAAUUGGAAUAAGGUGUUCCAAAAUAUUAUAAAUGAAGGGAAUCAAAAAUCAAAUGAACACAAUAAUCGCAAAAGCGCUAUAACUGAAGUAAAUAAUGCACUAGAUAAUGGAAAUCCAAAUGAUUUGUAUUCAGCAUUAAUCAAUGCAAAUUUAGGUUUGAAUUUAAAAAUUGAAAAAUAUUCUGCACCUUUAUUAUUUGAAGAAAUGAAAUUAGAAAAAUAUGAGAUGGAAAGAAAUUUAAAUGAAAAUGAGAUAGCAGCAUCUGUAUCUUAUUUAGCGUCUAUAGCUGCUAUAUCUCAAGCUGUGGACAGAGGAGACGAGGCUGCUGUUUGGAAUUCUCUUAUGUCGAAACAAAUUAAUUUAGAAGGUCUUCGGUCGCAUUGUAGACGUCGUUAUUUUUCAGCUUUGGUAAAUGCACUCCAAGUAAAGAUCAGGGAACACUGCGCAUGUCCUCUUCUUACAUUAGAAGAUAUUUGUGAUACUAUUGAAAUGGUUAAUACAAAAGAUGAUGAUGAUGAGGAAUUAGUGGAAGUAGUAGAUAGCAUUAAUAAAGCAGUGUUUGAAGAAGAUUCAGAAAAACUAAUGACAUUGCUUAAAUCUUCAUCUAUAAAAAUUACAUCACGUUUGCAUAAAGAUGAACAAAAUUUAUAUUUGCGGAUGUUAAAAAAGAAAUUGGUACAUAGAGAAACACAAAACCUGUGGCUAGACGACAUCGUUGAUGCUAUUAAUGAAGUCAAUACAGAGUCAAUGAGAGUAAAGGAGCUGACUGACGUCUUAGUUCGCCUGAAUCUUGCGGUUAUAAAAAAUGAUGUCAAUGAUUUUUGGAACGCUCUUUCGUGCCCUCUACUCUCUGGUUCAGUAAUGAUAGAAUGUUCAUGUAUAGAUAUCUACUUCCAAAUAUUCUCUAAAGCUUUAAAGAAGAGAGGGCAUCACAUUUGUCCUUGGAUUGUCUGCCACACUGAAGCUGGAAAUACAGUUUAUAUUGAUGUGGAGUCUUACACGUACAGUUGGAAUACUCCUAAAGAUUUUGUACCUUAUGCUCGAUAUUUGUCUAGAAAAGACGUCAGUAUUCUCAUUGAAAAAACAAAUAAACAUCAUGUCAAUAAAUAUAAACAGAUGAUUAUUGAAAGUUCUAUCAUAAAACUACAGGCCUAUUGUAGAGGAUACUUGUUUAGAUUAAAAUUGAAACGAAAACUGAAAUACUUUAGAGACAAUGUAGGAUAUAUUAUUAAGAUUCAAGCAUGGUGGAAACGAGUAUUGAUUCAAAGAAAAUAUGGAAUGUUGAUAAAAAUGAAAACUAUAGAGGCUAAAUUGAAAUAUGAGAGGAAACAGAAUCCCAUGGCAUGGUAUAAAGUUCAGGAACAAAAAAUAAUUAAAAUUCAAGCUUUGUGGCGCGGACGACGAGCUCGUGAAGCCUUUACUUCUUUAUGUUAUUCAAUUAAUCCUCCUCUCAAAGCAGUAAAAAAGUUCAUGCCGUUGUUAGCUUCCUCAACGGAAGAUUACGAAAGAGAAAUGGAAUUACAGACUUUAAAAUCCGAAGUUGUCCAGUCAAUAAGGAAAAAUCAGGAACUAUCUAAACAAAUAGAUGAUAUGGAUUUAAAAAUUGGUCUUUUGGUACAAAAUCGUAUUGCUUUGCAAGAGGUAGCUGCACAUGGCUUGAAAUUAAAUAAUUUGGUCAAACACAAUUCUAUAACAAAAUUGGUAUAUCAAAAUCGUCACGACGGUAAGGGAUCACUCAUGACAGUUACAACAGCAGUGAAAGGACUAAAAUCACUGACAAAAGAAAGUAAAAGAUUAUUGGAUGGAUAUCAGCAUUUAUUUUACGAGCUACAAACUAACCCAACGUACCUUUCGAAGCUUCUUUUUUGUAUACCACAGAAUAAAACUAACCUCUUUUUACAAAAUGUAAUUUUAAGCCUAUAUAAUUUUGGUGCAUAUGACAGAGAUGAGUAUCUUUUGUUAAAAUUGUUCCGAUUUACAUUAGAGGAAGAGAUACGAUGCAAAGUUCUUAAGCCAUUUGAUGUGAUUGCAUCAACACCUUUAGUAUUAAAAAUGGCAGUUAAUUUGUCAAGACAACUCUCUGGUUUAAAUAAUCUCCAAACUAUUAUUGGCCCACUUGUAGAAAAAAUGCUGAAUGAUAAAGAUUUGAACAUUGAAACUGGUCCAGUAGAAAUUUAUAAGGCUUGGAGAAAUGAAACUGAAAUGAAAACUGGCCAAAUUUCAAAGCUACCAUAUACUGUAAGUCAAGAAGAAGCUUUAAACUAUCCAGAAGUGAAGAUGCGUUUAGAAAAAGCAUUCCGUCAGCUCAAGACAGUUGUGACUAUGUUUUUAAAUAAAAUUACAGAAUCUACUGAACUUUUUCCAUUUUGUAUUAAAUAUAUGGCUCGGGUACUACACAGAAUGUUAGUUUCGAAAUUUCCUUACAUACCUGAAAAAGAUAUUCUGAAGGUAAUUGGUAAUUUAGUCUAUUAUCAAUAUUUGAACGCUGUUAUUGUAGCUCCCGAUGCUUUUCACGUAAUCAAUUUACCAAGAGGAGCAGGACUCACAGCAGACCAGCGAAAAAGUUUGGCAUCUGUAGCAAAAAUUUUGCAUUUCUCUGCAGCAAAAAAAGGCUUUGGCGAAGAGUCGAAGCAUCUGAGAUAUCUAAAUCCAUUUAUAGUAGAAUGCCACGAAAAGAUGAAAGAAUUGUUUAAAAAAUGCUGUCGCGGACCGACUCUAGAGGAAUACUUCGCCGUGGAUGAGUAUACGGAAGCCACUCUAUUACACCAUCCUCAUAUAUAUAUUACUGUUCAGGAAAUUGUAGACACUCAUGCGCUUCUAGAGGAAUACCAGCAUAUCAUAGCUCCGAAUCCUGAUGACCGACUGAACGAACUAUUGGAUGAUUUAGGAGAAGUACCCACUGUGGCACAACUUGCGUCACGUGAUGUUGACAUGCAAAUCGGGGAAACGACUGAAGAGAAUGCGAGGCUUGAAGUGUGUCUAGCUUUGGUAAAUAAAUUCCAAGCUCCUUCUGAUGAUAUGACUAAUCUGAAUAAACUAUUUGUUAAAACCAAAGAACUAUGUGUCGCUAUUAUACCUUUUCUAAAUGGUGAUCAUCUACUAGAAGCGCUAUGCAUUGGUACUACUAAAGAACAACAGGAACAAUAUGCUGAAAUAGUGCAGAGACGUAUUUAUUCUGGUCAAGCCAAAGCUGAUGAAGUCAUGUCGUUACGAGAACAUAUUGCGAAACUGCGUCACAACCUUCAAUUAUUAGAAGAUGAAGGAUUUGUGACCAGGGAAGAUGGAUAUCAAACUUUAGUAACCGCCAUAGCUCUAGAUUUGUGUAACAAAGGUAAAUACAGACAAAUACAAAGAAGGUCUCUAGUCACUCUUAUCCGUACAAAACAGAGUUUACAAGAGAAAACAAAGUACUAUGAAGAGAAGUGUCAAUCAUAUGACCAGUAUAUUAAAUCGUGUCUCGCUAAUCUUCAUGCUGGCAAAAGAAGUGUUCACGCUUGUUUAAGAAGACCAGGUAAAGAUGCACAGAAAUUGAAAUCCAAGCUUACUGUGAAAUACUCCGGUGCGAAACUAAUGGAAAGGGGUGUUCUGUUAGAAAUAGAUGGGCUCUCACAUUCACAAUUCAAGAAUGUGCAAUUUGAAAUCACACCCACCGAUCAUAAUGGUGUAUUUACAAUUAAAGGAAAGUUUAUGGGAGUGGAAAUGGAAUCAAUUGAGAUAGAUAUUCAGGAUUUAUUACAGAAACAAUAUGAGGGCUGUGCCAUAAUGGAUAUAUUCGGGAAAGCAAAAAUAAAUGUUAAUCUACUGAUCUUCUUAUUGAAUAGUAAAUUCUAUGGCAAAUCAUAAUAACUGUGUGCGAUGAAUAUCAAUCAAUGCGAUAAUUAAUGAUGGUAGAUAAACAUUAGGUAUGGAUAACAUCGCUUUUAUCUCGUAAUGAAUUAUAUCUGUAUAUUGGUUAUGAAUAUCUGAUAUUAAAUACCAGAUAACUGAAAUAUUGAGAGAGAUUUCAACAUUUCAUAUUUAUAAUUUGUUCGAAUUAACUAUUGAGCCGAUUGUAUUUACAAAUUUAUGAUUUAUAUAGUCGAUGGCUUCUAGAUGUAGUUUUAUGUAAUUUUGUCCCAUUGGGCACUCUUAUAAUUUACCAUAUCACGGCACGAUUUUGUCAUCGUAAUAUAAUUAGGAAAGCAAGAAUACAUUUAUGCCAUUGUAUCAUUCAAGACUGAAUUAAUUUUCUGUCAAUAAUGAUAUGAUGCCGAUACUGUUAGGUUCAUACAAUAAUAUAAGGACGUCCACGGCACACCAUGAUUUUGUUUUUACUUUAUAUUAUACCAUGCUAUUCUAUAGUAAAUUAUAAACAGUUUAUAUUACCAUACCUUUCGACUUAGCGAGGCAAGCCUCGUAUUAUGAUACUUAAACGCAUGUCCUUAGACCUGUACUGGUUUAGAAAUCAAAUCUUAUUAGUAAUAACAUUGUGAAAUAACAUUUUAGUAUAUGUAUAUUAAAGGUAAGGCUGUCUUUAACAUCACAGUAAGCUUAUUGUAAAAUUGUCUAUGAAUAACACGAUCUGGCAUACAUGAAUGGUAAAGUCUACUAAUUGUUAUGUCAGUACAAUAGAUUUUACAAGUGGCCGUGAUAUUCAUAGUUACAAUUUUAUAGUUCAAAUUAUGGCUUUAAAAAUAAAAUUGUAUUUGUACGUGUAAUUAAAAUUAAAACAUAUACCAAAUUUUUCUACUUUUCGAUGAAGUAUUACGUUAUACCAAAUAUUUACCUAAUAUCUUAUAAUGAAUUUAAACAUGUGCUUAUUAGUAUUUUAUUUUUAAAUUUUUUCUUAAUUUAUAUUUAAGUUUAAUAUUAGUAAUAGUUCAUAAUGUCAUUCAUUUCAGAUGAAUUGUAUUGACCAUUUGUUUCGAAAGUUUCAGCUUUGUAAAAUGGAUACCUACUAUUAUUUUACUUUAGAGCUCGUUUUUGCUUUCAUUUUAUGGAUUCUGUGAAAUACAACUUUAAAAUGCAUAGAAAGAUAAGUAUGUAAACUGUUCAAUAUUAUUUCUCUGUUGCCUAUUAAAACUAUCAUAAUAAUUCAAACAAUGUAGGAGAAAUCUAAAUAAAUAGUUUGCAAAUGAAAAGUUCAUACCAUCAAAUCAUUAUUCGAAAGUACUUAUGUUAUUAUUUUAUAUUUAGAUUACGAAUAAUACUAUAAUAAUACUAAAAAAUAUUUUAGCUAAAAUUGAAAUGCAUUUUCAUUUGAUUACAAAAAUAACUGGGCAUUUGUAAAUUUCAGACAAAUCUGUACUGAAUGUGUGAACCAAUGUAUCCAAUUAUUAUUUUUCACAAGACUAAAGAUAUAAUAAGUACUAAUUACUAUAGAGGAAGGCUAUUUUUUUAAUUAUCAUUAAUUAAUGAUAUUACAAACAAAAUAUUUUUAUCAGUAAAUUAAUUUAUGAACAACAUUCGUACCUUUGAUGCAACAAGGUCACUACAGCGCAUUUUGUAAUUUUACAGGAUUAUACUUUUUUUUCGAAUUUAAAUUAUUGUUAUUAUACUUCAUGUAGUGAGCUUAAAGUCUCGAUAAAAUUACGAGUAUAUUUUUUGGUUCGGUUUCAUGUAACAAGUUUAUUUUUAAUUACUAAACAAUACAGAUACAAGGUAAAACAUACUGAAUUGUGACUCCAGUACACCGAAGGUUGUAUUGUAAUUGUAUAAUUGUCUAUCGACUUUUAAUUUAUUAUUACUAUUUAUAAAUGUUUGCUACAUUCCUUAACCUGACCUAACAUGAUGUAUGAUGAAUUAAUCAAAAUUAUUUGAUACCAUUAAAUAAAGUAAUAAAUAGUAUUGUAUAUAUCCGAGUCUUGUACAAAUAAAAAAGUAAAUUAUUUUUUACACUUGAAAUUGCCGACAUUAUUACACAUAAAAUUUUGAUAAUUACAGUUAAUAGCUGAACUUUUGAGAAAAAAGUUGACACCUCUGUGAUAUCUUAACAUCACUGGCGUUUAUUCUUUGUUUUCAUUUUUGCCUUUAAUUAUAUUUCGUACAUAUUCUUUUCAUAUUAUCCUUUACAAUAAACAAGGCUAUUUUUAAACGACUUAAUACUUAAAAAAAAUAUUCUUUUCUACUACCUAUAUCUUAAAAUUGUAAAAUAUCCACUCUGGUUAUAGAAAACAAUUAUUACUUCUAUGUUAAUAUUGUAAAGUUUGUGAGUUUGGAUUUUGUGGCGCCUACUUUCUAAUACUGUUAGAACCUUAUC